UGGGUGGAUAGCAUCAAAAUUCACAGAGAAGCUCCAACUGCUUUGUGACAAGGACACGCAAACGUGCAGCAGCUGCAACAAGUUCUCAAGACUUUGGACUGCUGAGGAAUAAAUCAUGACAACAUACAAGCUCACCUAUUUCACUUUCAGAGGAAAGGCAGAGCUCAUUCGCUACCUCUUUGCCUAUAUGAAUACAGAGUAUGAAGACUGCAAAAUUGAUAUGAAAGACUGGUCUGAACACAAGUCUUCUUAUCCAUUUGGAAAACUCCCGGUUUUAGAAAUUGAUGGGGUUGUUCAUUAUCAGAGCCUUGCUAUAGGCAGAUACUUGGCCAGAAAAGCAGGUCUGACAGGGAAGACGGAGCUGGAUGACCUUCAUCUUGAUGCCAUAUUGGACACCAUUGAUGAUUUUGUGUCACAAUUGCCCUGGUACAUGGAAGAAAAAAUGAAAGAAUAUGUGGAUAAAAAUAGUCCUGCAAUCCUGUCUGGCUUAGAGAAGGAAUUGGGGGAAAAUAAUUGGUUUGCUGGCGAUUAUGUAACAUGGGCUGACUUUUUCUGGGAUGUCUGCAGUGAUAGUGUUAUCUUGUAUGCACCUGACUUGUUAAAAGAUUACCCAAAGCUGAUGGCUCUUAAAGAAAAAGUAAAAGAAGUCCCAGCAAUUGCAGAAUGGAUAAAGAAACGCCCACAGGAACGCACAGAAAUAAGCUUGUUACAAAAAUGAUCCUUAUAAAAUUCACAGAAAUUGUAUAUUUAAAAGCUGAAAGUGUUUAAUCAAGUUUUUUAUUUUCAUGUACAGUAGAUUAACAUCCAACAGAUGAUUAAAAAUACAUUACACAUA